AUGCCGCCACAACGUAACAUGGCCUGGAGAAAACCAGUCCCCAAGUUUAUUCCUGACUCAUCGUCAUCUCUUGCUGCGAGACUGAGCACUUCAAUCCAGCGGCUCUCCAUAGCUCAUGCUACGGAGGGGCCGACACCACCGGACCCUGGUGAUUGGGUUCAGCAAGUGGGUGACGCUAUGGGCAGCGAGAAGCGCCACGCCUUCGUCCUGGAUUCUGAAGUCACGCCUGCGUGGAUGGAAGAAUAUCUACACCAUCCACUAUCGCUUCCGGCCGUACCACCUGCUCAGCAUGCUGGCGAGGACGCUACGUGUGAUACCUCACUUCGCGCAGCUUCAACUCUGUGUGGAUCACCUCCACAGCAGCGCCUGCAAGGCCUUUCAACACAACUAGGAAGGCAGGACACCGAGAAAAUCGCGAUCACAAGUGGACCAUUACGAUCGAAGCGUUCAUUACCACGACACUAUCGCCCACCAACACCACCGCUCCCCAGGGACCACGCAAAGCGACGCAGGCCAAAUGACGCCCAUCCCUCCAACAAUGAUCAACACGAUAGCGCCUCAUUUGUUGUCUUCUGA